CGCGGGGUGCCGGCAGGAAGCGGGAGGGGCGGCGGGGCGGGGGCUCCGGAAAAGCGCCCCGACUUCCUGCCCCGCCGGAGCCAGGAAGCGGGAGAGCCGGGACCCAGGGCCCGGGAUCGCCGCGCCCGACCUCGGGCGCCCCGCCGGUCACCUCCCCGCGCGGACACCAGCCCUGCAGCGCCCAUGGAGGGAGAGGACUGCGCCCGAGGGGUGGCCCCCGGGGCUCCCCGGCCUGGCCCGGUGCCCAUUAGCAUCAUCGGGGCCGAGGAUGAGGAUUUUGAGAAUGAGCUGGAGACGAACACGGAGGCGCACAACAGCCAGUUCCAGAGCCUGGAGGAGGUGAAGCGGCGCCCGGCGCACCUCAUGGCCCUGCUGCACCAUGUGGCCCUGCAGUUCGAGCCGGGACCCCUGCUCUGCUGCCUACAUGCGGACAUGCUGGCCUCGCUGGGCCCCAAGGAGGCCAGGAAGGCCUUCCUCGACUUCUACCACAGCUUCCUGGAGAAGACUGCGGUCCUGCGGGUGCCGGUCCCACCCUCUGUCGCCUUUGAACUUGACCGCACGCGGCCUGACCUCCUCUCGGAGGACAGCCAGAGGCAGUCGGUGCAGGAGGUGGUGCAGAGCCAGCAGGAGACCGUGGGGCGGCAGCUGGACGACUUCCGCUCCAAGCGGCUCAUGGGCAUGACGCCCUGGGAGCAGGAGCUGGGCCAGCUAGAGGCCUGGGUGGGCCGUGACCGCGCCACCUUCGAGGCCCGGGAGCGGCACGUGGCGGAGCGGCUGCUGUCCCACCUGGAGGAGAUGCAACACACCGUCUCUGCGGAUGAGGAGAAAAGUGCCGCUGUGGUCAAUGCCAUCAGUGUCUACAUGCGCCACCUCGGGGUGCGGACCAAGAGCUGUGACAAGAAGUCGGGGAGGAACUUCUUCCGGAAAAAGGUGAUGGGGAACCGGCGGUCAGAUGAACCGACCAAGACCAAGAAGGGACUGAGCAGCUUCCUGGAGGCUGCCCGCUGGAACCGGGGGGAACCCCAGGCCCCAGAUUUUCGACACCUCAGAGCCGAUGCUGAUGCUGAGAAGCCAGGCUUUGCGGAACGGAAGGGAGGCCUGGGGCUACCUUCCCGGGACCGGAAUACCGGGGGCUCCGGGCAGGACCCCCCUGGAGUCUCUCUGCUCCCACCGUCUGGGGACUGUCCAGACCGGGAUGCAGGUGUGGACACUCCUCCGGAGAUGGGGGAACUGUCACUGCAGGGCCCCGCCAGCCUGGAGCCCCCCGCCCCCCUGGAGAACGCAGAAGAAGGCGCUGACUCAGAGAGCUUCGGGGCGAAGGGCCGGGGUGGGGGCCGCUCCCGGAGCGACGUGGACAUGGACCCCAGCUCUGCCACGGCCGCACUAGGCCCUGCCCGACGAGCCACCCCCGAGCCUGGGGACGAGGGGGAGCCGGGGCGGCCUGCACAGGACCCUGAGCCCGAGGAGCCCCCUGGCUGGCGGGAGCUGGUCCCCGCGGACACCCUGCACAGCCUGCCCAAGAGCCAGGUGAAGCGGCAGGAGGUGAUCAGCGAGCUGCUGGUGACGGAGGCAGCCCACGUUCGCAUGCUCCGGGUGCUGCACGAUCUCUUCUACCAGCCCAUGGCCGAUGGCGGCUUCUUCUCACUGGAGGAGCUGCAGAACAUCUUCCCCAGCCUGGACGAGCUCAUCGAGGUGCACUCCCUGUUCCUCAAUUGCCUGAUGAAGCGGAGGCAGGACAGUGGCCACCUCAUCGAGGAGAUCGGAGACGUGCUGCUGGCCCGGUUCGAUGGGACCGAGGGCUCCUGGUUCCAGAAAAUCUCCUCCCGCUUCUGCAGCCGCCAGUCAUUUGCCUUAGAGCAGCUUAAAGCCAAACAGCGCAAGGAGCCGCGGUUCUGUGCCUUCGUGCAGGAGGCGGAGAGCCGGCCUCGGUGCCGCCGCCUGCAGCUGAAAGACAUGAUUCCCACGGAGAUGCAGCGGCUCACCAAGUACCCGCUGCUGCUGCAGAGCAUUGGGCAGAACACAGAGGAGCCCAAGGAACGGGAGAAAGUGGAGCGGGCCGCCGAGUGUUGCCGGGAAAUCCUGCACCACGUCAAUCAGGCUGUGCGCGACAUGGAGGACCUGCUGCGGCUCAAGGAUUAUCAGCGACGCCUGGACUUGUCCCACUUGCGGCAGAGCAGUGACCCUAUGCUGAGCGAGUUCAAGAACCUGGACAUCACAAAGAAGAAGCUCAUCCACGAAGGCCCGCUGACGUGGCGGGUGACCAAGGACAAGGCUGUGGAGGUGCACGUGCUGCUGCUGGAUGACCUCCUCCUGCUGCUGCAGCGCCAGGACGAGCGGCUGCUGCUCAAGUCGCACAGCCGCACACUGACGGCCACGCCCGACGGCAAGACCAUGCUGCGGCCCGUGCUGCGACUGACGUCAGCCAUGACGCGCGACGUGGCCACGGAUCACAAAGCCUUCUAUGUCAUUUUCACCUGGGACCAGGAAGCACAGAUCUACGAGCUGGUGGCACAGACUGUGUCUGAGCGCAAGAAUUGGUGCGCCCUCAUCACGGAGACCGCUGGAUCCCUGAAGGUCCCUGCCCCCGCCUCCCGCCCCAAGCCCCGGCCCAGCCCGAGCAGCAUUCGUGAACCCCUGCUCAGCAGUGCUGAGAAUGGCAGUGUUAGCCGGGAGGCACCUCCCGCUGACGGCCGGAUGGAGAAGAUUGUCAGUGCCCUCCUGCCCUUCUGCAGACCUGGCCCUGAGGGCCAGCUCUCUGCCAAGGCGCUUCGCAAAGUGCUGUCCCUGAAACGGCUCAUGGCAGAGGAAGACAACGGGGCAGGUCCUCCUCGAGAAGGGGAUGGGGGCCCAGAGGGCGGCCCCCCAACAUCCACCCGCAACCAGGAGAUUCAGGAGGACCUCCUGGACCUGGAGGAGACCAUCAAACAGAUUGAGGAGAUGGAGGAGGAGUUUUGUCGCCUGCGACCGGUCCUAUUUCAGCUCAGGGACAUCACUGCCACCCCGCCUGGCUGCACUUGAGUUUCCCCCCCAUCCCAGGCAGACUUUCCACCAGGAGGAACGGAGGAGAGGCUGUGAGGGCCCCGCACCCCCACCGCACUGCCCGCUGCACCCCAGCCCCAGGUCGUGGGGCCCGGCUGCCUCCCCCCUCCUGCCUUCCACAGAGGGACUCAGGGCUUCAUUCCUGGGGGCACCAAAGGGACCUGCAUUGUCUGGCCAUCUCAGUAUUGCCUGGGGGGCCGCCCCUCCCCCCCCCAAGUGCCUUGGCUCUGUUUUUAUACCCUGAACCGGAGGUUUAUUUUUAAUAUAUAUUAUCGAGGAGA